GUACAUAAGCGCCGAUACCCGAUCUCGUUUUAUGGCCGAUUUCUCGAAGGUUCGCCUGACAAAUGGCGCCUAAACCGGAACCACAUUAUCAUCUUCUGACAUUAACAACGGCAGCAACAGCAAACAAUAAAUUCGGCCGAAUUGCGAAAUGCGAAUGGGUCUGGAUGCUGAAUCCCUCAAAACCCAUCGAAUCAUGGACUGAAUCACCUACAAUCAUUACCCGGCCUAUAUGAUACCAACUCCGGUCCUUUAAUACCUAUCUGAAUCCGCACUUCGAUGUCAGACCACUUCACAGUCAGGCUGCACUGUUCCUCAAUCCAAUGAACCUAUUUUCUCAAUGAUAUAUGCUGGAUCCUUCUAGUACCUCUCUGCUUUGUUGUUCUAUAUCACUUAGCCACCUAAAGACAAAGAGAUUGUUACACUAAUACCGUUGAUCCCGCUCUAUCCAUUCAACUAUCACCGAAGACAUUCGAAUCCGAAUAAGACGAUCGAACUACCAGGCUCUCCCUACCUACGACUAGUCUAUACAAACAGCGAUGGCGAAGGAUGCAGAGAAGUCUGCUAAGCUGAAGGAAGAUGGAAACCAUCAUUACCAGGCUGGCGACUUUCCAGGCGCCGAGGCUCUCUACUCGAAGGCCAUCAUUGCAGACGAAACGAACCCUUCCUUAUAUACGAACCGUGCCAUGGCAAGAGUCCAAUUGGGUUGCUACGACUCUGCUAUAUCGGACUGCAACGACUGUCUUAAGUUGAGCAAAGGCGAAAAUCUCAAGGCGCACUUCAUCCUAUCCAAGUGCCAACUAGCCAUCAAGGACUGCGAAGCCGCGCUAGAGAGCGCGCUUCAAGCCCACCGGUUGUGUGUCAAGACCAACGACAAAUCCCUGGGUCCCGUCACCGAUCAGGUCCUACGUUGCAAGAAGGAUCGCUGGGACGAGAUGGAGAAGAAGAGGAUCCGCGAAGGCCAGGAGCUCGAGGAAGAAAUGAUUGCUCUCAUGGAACGCGAACGUGACGACAUGGUCAAUUCGUGUACCAACGAUUUCGAUAGGGUGCAGGUUGGAGAGGAGUGGCACCACAAGAUGGCCAUGUUACGGGACACAUUCGACAGGUCUAGACCCGCGUCAGACCAGAAGCGCGAGGUGCCAGAUUGGGCCAUCGAUGAAAUAAGUUUUGCGAUUAUGGUCGAUCCGGUUAUGACCAAGACUGGCAAAUCAUACGAUAGAUCAUCUAUCAUGGAACAUCUCCGACGACAUCCUAUCGACCCCUUAACGAGAGAACCGCUACACCCGAGCGAAUUACGCCCGAAUAUUCAACUGAGAGAAGCCUGUCAAGAUUUCUUAGAGAAGAACGGAUGGGCUGCAGAUUGGUAGACGAGGGUAUCGAGGGAGUAUUAGGUACUAGGUAGAGAACGUGAUAUGGUCACAGUCGAAUCCAUCGAUAAAAGGACCCGACGGAAGAUAAUACAUCCCAAGGAUUGGCAUAUUUGAUUUAAGCAGGUUUUGCAUCACACGGCGUUUUUAGGCUAAGUCCGGUCUCGCUCCGGUAGGAUAUCCGAUUUAGCGUAUGGUGAACAGGAAUUUAGGGAAACGGUUACGAGUGAUGAAGCGGUCUCCUUUUCCUUCUCCCCUAUAUCAAUAGUAGUAUGUUUUUUUGACGCGCUACUACUUUUUCUGUAGAAUACCUAGUAUAUAUCUACUAGUUUUCAGGAUAGUUAAUAUAAGAUAACUGGAAUAGGUUGUG